AUGAGGACGCCAAGAUCCUCCCACACAAACAGUAAGGCAAUUUUUUCCUUCCUUAUUGUCAUAUCCCUCGUCGCCGUCAUGGUGAUGGAUUUUUGUAUUGCAGAUGAUAUAGCUAAUGUAAAAUAUAAACUAACAACAAUUUGUAAUGCUCCAAGAUAUGUUAGCACACCCAGAGGAUUGUUCUAUUAUUCGGGUUCUUUGUAUUUUGCUGAGGAACAAGGACAUGUUAUUAGUAAAUGUAAUUUGGCAAAGAAUGAAGUGGAGAUUGUGGUUGGAAGUUAUAGGGAGUCUGGAUUCAGAGAUGGAAAUGAAGCAUUGUUCGACAGUCCGAGUGAUGUCUGGGUAGCUAAGGGAGGAGUUUAUUACAUUGCAGACACCAAGAAUAAUAGAAUUAGAAAGUACACAAGUGGGGUUGUUUCAACUCUUGCUGGCAAUGGAAUGGACACAAGCAGUCCUGAUAAUACUUUACCAACUCAAUUGAGUAGCCCAAAGAAAUUGGCAAUGGUUGGCAGUAAUUUGUACUACUCUGAAUGGCAAAAUAUUAGAAAUAUGCAAAAUUUAAAUGCAGCCAAAAUUGUGACCAUUGUUGGGACCUUAAUGAAUGUUUCUGCAACGUUUUAUGUUACUGAUCCUUCCUAUAAUUUUGCAAUGCAAGUUAGAGAACCUAGGGGUUUAUAUUUCUAUUCUGACACAAAGUAUUUGAUUGCUGAUACGGGUAAUAAUCGUAUUGUUCAAAUUGAAGAUGGUGUUGCAAGUGUUUUAGUUGAUGCUUCUCAAGUUAACUCACCAUCCAAUGUUUUAUAUUAUGGAUCCUUCAUUUAUUUCACAGAUAGUGGAAAUCAUUGUAUUAGAAGGAUUGACGUUAAUGGAACUAUUUCAACAAUUGCUGGACGCUGUGGUGCAAAUUCAAAUUUUGAAUUUAAUGGAGAUCAAUCAGAUGCCACUGUGGCUACGCUUGGUGAGCCAUAUGGGCUAACUGUUGGUGAAAAUGGUAAAUUAUACUUUACCGAUUCAGAACACUACUUGAUACGAGUUCUUGAACCAUACUGUGAUUAUGAGAAUGGUUUCUUUCUAUUUGGAAAUAUUUGCAAAUCAAUUGGUAAACCGGUUUGCUAUGAAAAAAGUGCAGAAGACACCAGUGUUUGUUCAGGAAAAGGAGAUUGCACUUCUUACAACACCUGUAAAUGUAAUCAAGGUUAUGCUGGAAACAUGUGUCAAUAUAAUUAUACUUGUGGUGGAUUGAUUCCAGUGGAUGCAAAUGUUUGCUCUGGCCAUGGUUCCUGCCUCUCUCAAGAUAAGUGUUCAUGUACUGUUGGUUAUGUUGGCAUAUUUUGCAAUUAUACAUUCACUUGUAAAGGCCUAGCUCCAGAUGAUCCAACAGUUUGUAGUGGUGGUGGUAAAUGUCUAGGAAACAACAUCUGUUCCUGCAGAAAUUCUAGCACCAGUGGCCAAUAUUGUGAUACUGUUAUUGGUGAAAGUACAUCAAAUCAAAUGACUGCUAUCAUUGGUGGGGUGAUUGGAGGUUUUAGUCUUUUGACCAUUAUCAUUAUUUGUUUUGUUCCUGUCGCGUAUAUUGGAAAUUCAAUGUACAGAAAGAGGUUUGCCAAGUAUCAGGAAGAAAGAAAAGAAAAGAAUGAGGAAGAAAAACGAAGAGAAAAAAUAAGAAAAGAUGUGGAGUUUGAAUAUAAAGAAAGAAGAAAGAGGGAUGAAGAAGAAAGAAAGAUUAAGGAUGAAGUCAGAUUAAGGGAGGAGAAGGCAAGGAAGCAGGAAGAAAUGGAACGAAAGGCGAAAGAAGAAGCAAGAUUAAAGGAAGAACAGGUAAAGAUUAAGGAGGAACAAUCUAAGAAAGAGCAAGCUAUCAAGUUGAAUCAAAAUCAAGAGCUAAUCACUGUCACUUUUACAAGUAACGGUUCUGAAAAUACUAUGAAUCAAGGCCAAUUAUCAACAUUUUCAUCAAUGCCUUCAUAUACCAAUUACCUUAGUAAUGAAAAGAGCGGGUCAACACAAACCAGUAGUAAUAAUGGAUCUUCUAUGCAAAAUACAGAGCUUUCGUAUACUGCAUUUUUGAAUCAGAAUCAAGACAAUUCAUUCAUGCCUCCUCCAACGAUUGUAUCAAGUAAGGGUAGCGAACAAUCUAGUAAGAACGAUGACAAUACCUUCUCCUCAAAGGAUCACACUUACAAGAUUAUAAAGGAAUUGGGAAGAGGUGGAUUUGGUAUAUGUUAUUUGUGCGCUGAUGUCAAUACGAAUGAUUUGAUUGCUGUAAAGGCAAUUUCAGCCACACAAGACAAUUUCAUGGCAAUUUGCAGUGAAUUCUCCAAAUGUCUGUCCUUCCAACAUCCAAAUCUUGUAAGAUCCUAUGAAUAUUUACAAGCCAGUGAGCAAAAAGUCAUUUGUCUUGCAAUGAAAUAUUACAAAUGUGGAGAUUUGGAUCAUUUGUUUAAACAUGGAAAACCUCCUUCUGAUCAAUUACUAAUUUCAAUCAUUAAUCAAGUGGGUGAAGGUCUUGAUUAUUUACAUAGAAAUCAAAAAGUCAUUCAUCGUGACAUCAAGGCAAAUAAUAUCAUGGUUGAUGAAUUUGAUGAAGAAAGCUCAAAGAUUUCAGUUGCCAUUGGAGAUUUUGGUGUUUCAAAACAAGCAGCUACAGCUCACACUUUCACAGGAACGCUUUAUUAUGUUUCACCUGAAUUAUAUUUGGGAAAGCAAACUUCUUAUCCAACAGAUAUAUUUUCAUUUGGUGUGACUUUAUAUUUAAUUAUUUGUGACAAGUUUAAGUGUUUGAAUCAAGCAUCAAUUACACAACAAUUGCUUGGAGAAGGUGAAGAAAAGGUGUUUGAUAGAAUUAGAAAGGAAUUGAAAGACACAGGUAUCAGAGAGGACAUCAUUGAUAUUAUCAUGAGAAUGUUAUCAAAAGAACCAGAAGAUCGACCACUUGCUGAGGAAUUAGCCAAUUUCUUUAAGAAUUUCAUUUGUUAA